CUUCCAAAGGCAGCUCUUCUCUCCUUCCUUCUGCUUCCUAAGGUCUUCUCCUUGACCAACCAGAUCUCACCCUAUCACAUCAAGAUGAGCUACUGCCAAUCUGUGUGUGAUGUACCUUGUGGCGUCGGCUACGGCUAUGGAUACGGCGGCGUUGGCUCUUGUGGAGUAUAUGGUGGUGCCCUUUCUAGAGGUGGAUUUGGUGCUAGUGGUGCCCUCUCUGGAGUUGGAGGUGGGCUCGGCUACGGCCCUGUGGCUUGCGCCAGUCAACUUGCAGGGUCUGAGGUUGUGAUCCAGCCCCCUGCAUCUGUGGUGUCCAUCCCAGGGCCAAUUCUGUCCACCGGUGAGCCAGCUGUUGUCUCAGCAUACAGUCCCUGUGCCGGAUAUGGCUAUCCAGCUCUGGGCUCUGGUGGUGGAUUCUCUAGCGGAUCUUCCUCUGGAGGAUAUGGCCGGUUAGGAUACAGUGGAAGAUAUGGUGGUGGAUAUUGUGGAGGAUAUGGUAGUGGAUAUGGAGGAUAUGGUAGCGGAUAUGGAGGAUAUGGUAGCGGAUAUGGAGGAUAUGGUCGCUGGAGAAGAUAUUCCCAGAAAUGCAUCCCUUUCUACCGUUCUGGCAGCUGCGGACCUUGUUAGACACUGAAAACUCCCUGGAAGGAAUGAUAUGGAUAUGAAGAUACUGAUCUUGGACUUGGAGGAUGCCAUAUUUUGCUAGCUUUCAGAAAUGCGGGACAGCCAUGUUUUUUGCUCUAAUUAUGGAGAUAAAUAUGGGUGCUACUUGCAUAUCAUAACUGGUUACUUUCCCAUUUUCCAUCGUAUAUUCUCUUCUUUCAGUAUUGAUUAUUAUAUGUCACCACUGUCUUUCCACACAUCUUUUGAAGCCACUGUAGAAUACUUUGAGUAGAUUCGAAAAAGUCUCCAGCUGUUCUUUUGAUGGAUGUAUUUCAUUGUCACCUCUUGGUUUUGUUUGUUCUCCUGUUCCUCUCUCCUUCCUUCAUUCUUAAUAAAGCUCAAUGUUGCAUCAACACAG